CUUUUUCUCCCACUUAAUGGAAUUUUUGCUUUUACUUUUUUUAUUCUUUUUGUGGGGUGUUUCAUUAUUUUACAUUACACAUUAUUACAUUUUUAGUUCUUGGGGAUUUCCACCAGUGUCGAGAGAAAAGAGUGUGAGUGUUUGUCUGUGAGAGAGAGUUCCUUCUUCCUUUCAUCUUCUUCUUCUCCUCCAUCAUCACAAGUGCGGUGUGAUCGACUUGUGUGAACGGCUUACGUCACCCUCUUUCCGUACCACUCUCUCAGCUCCCUCCACCUACAACAGAUCAGGGAGAGACCUCUUGAUUUAGAGGAUCGGUAUCAAACUCUUCAUCGUAGAAAUCUAUCCACGUUAUCCUGAUCACUUCAAGGAACAAGGAAUGGCAGAAGCAGUCGUAUCCGGCAUUCUUCAACUAGUUAUUGAAAAACUAGCAUCGCCAAUCCUAGAAAAGUGUGAACUGUUCUGGGGUUUUCACAAGGAGAUGGAAAAUCUAUUAAGCAGGUUAUCAACAAUACAGGCAGUGCUUGAAGAUGCGGAGGAGCAGCCAGUAAAGAGCAAGGCGUUACAGAAUUGGCUGGGAAAGCUUAAAGAUGUGGUUUAUGAUGCAGAUGACAUAUUGGAUGGGUUCACAAUCGAAGCAAAAGUGGAAGCUAAACGCAGAAAAUUGCAGAUCGGCACCUUCUUUUCAGCAUCGAACCCACUGGUGUCCCGUUCAAAUAUGGCAGAUAAGAUAAAGGAGAUAGGGCAGAGAUUAGAUAAGAUUGCUGAAGAGAGAUCUCAAUUCCAUUUGAUAGGGGGAGAACGGGUGUCGAAUAUUAAAGGCCGAGAACCAACUGAUUCAUUUGUAAUCGAAUCAGAUGUUUAUGGAAGGGAAGAAGAUAAAAGAAGGGUAAUGGAAUUACUAAUUAGCAACGAUAACGGAGAGGAUGUUAUAGUCAUCCCCAUAGUCGGUAUGGGGGGCCUUGGGAAGACCACACUCGCUCAGUUAGCUUACAAUGACGUGAGGGUAGCAACGCAUUUUGUAUUAAGAACGUGGGUUUGUGUGUCCGACGAUUUCAGUCUGUGUAAGGUAACAAAAGAUAUCAUAGAGUCAGCAACCCAUAGCAAAUGUGAUCUCCAAAGCAUGGAUCAGCUGCAGCAUCGCCUAAGAGAAUUGCUGAGGGAGAAGAAGUUUUUACUUGUGUUGGAUGAUGUCUGGGAAGAAAAUCCUGUGAACUGGGAUCGGUUGAAACAAUUUCUAAGGGGAGGUGCAGCGGGUAGUAAAAUCAUAAUAACUACCCGUAGUGAAAAAGUUGCUUUAAUCAUGGGCACUCUCCCUCCACAGCAUUUGGCAAGAUUAUCAGACGAUGAUUGUUGGUCUCUGUUCAAGCAGCGGGCGUUUGAGCAUGGAAGACAAGAACAUACAAACCUUAUAAUGCUUGGAAAAGAAAUUGUGAAGAAGUGUGGGGGCAUCCCUUUGGCUGCGAAGGCGCUCGGAAGCUUGAUGCACUUCAAAACAGAGGAAAGAGAGUGGUUGUUUGUUAAGGAAAGUGACAUUUGGAAUCUAGCGGAAGAAGAUAAUCACAUUUUACCUGCUUUGAGGUUGAGUUAUUAUCAUCUUCCACCACAUUUGAAGCAAUGCUUUGCAUACUGCUCAAUAUUUCCAAAAGAUUAUCAAAUCAAGAACGAGAAGCUAAUCCGACUAUGGAUGGCAGAAGGUUUUAUUAAAUCAUCAGGCAGAAGUCAGCAAAUAGAAGACGUCGGUGGAGAGUAUUUCAAUAAUCUAUUAUGUCGGUCCUUCUUUCAAGAUGUUCACAAAAAUGAAGAUGGGAAUAUCGUAUGGUGCAAGAUGCAUGACCUCGUGCAUGAUCUUGCAUGCUCUGUUGCUGGGAAUGAAUGCUCGAUUGUGCAGGUCAAGAAUGCAGUGAGUAUCCCUAACGUAUCUCGUCGUUUGUUGUUGGACUGCGGGAAUAACAGGAGUUUCCUAACAGACCCAGAGCCCUCAAGGAGAGCAAACCAUUUGCGAACGCUGCUUGUGCUUGGAAGUGGGUGUUUCAGCAUUCCUCAUAAUGUUUUGGUACAUUUUAUGUUCUUACGCGUGCUAGAUUUAAACAAUGUGAAUGUCACCACGGAGUUGUUGGAUUCAAUCAGCAGUUUGAAGCACUUGAGAUACCUCGAGCUGUGUAUACGAAUACAAGCCCUUCCUGAAUCCAUUUGGACCCUUCACCAUUUGCAAACCUUGAGACUCUCAAAGUGUAAUUUUCUAAAAGAGUUACCCAGGAACAUGAGCAAAAUGACUAGCCUAAGACAUCUUGAAAUUGAUUACUGUCAUCGAUUGACCCAUAUGCCAGCUAAUAUGGGAGAAUUAAAGUUCCUUCAGACCUUGCCAAUAUUCAUAGUUGGUAAGGAUAGUGGAUGUGGUAUAAGAGAGCUGCAAGGUCUAAACCUUGGAGGAGAAUUGACUAUUCGAAACCUCGAGAAUGUGAUGUGUGCAGCAGAUGCCCAGGUAGCAAACUUGGAGGAUAAGCCGAACCUUCAUAAGUUACACUUUUCAUGGGGUCGGGAUAUUGAUCUUCAGUUGGAAGGAAAUGUCGAGCAAACCCUUGAAGGUCUCCGACCACAUCAAAAUCUCAAAAGGUUGACUGUGGAAGAGUACAUGGGUGUCAGAUUUCCGCGUUGGAUGUGUUCUUCAUCACUUCCAAAUCUGAUUGAAGUUUCAGUGAUUAAUUGCAGAAGAUGCGAACAACUCCCCCCGCUCGGCCACUUACCAUUCCUGAAGGUUCUUGUGAUACAAGGAAUGGAUGCCGUGAAAUCUAUUGGCAACCAUUUCCAUGGCGGCAAUGAUGUCACAGAGUCAUUCCCAUCACUGAAACGACUCACCAUCCAAGAUAUGCCUAAUUUAGAGGAGUGGUCAGGAUCCAAUGGAAGAGUACUCCCCUGCCUUAACCAAUUAACUGUCCGGAGAUGUCCAAAGUUAACAACACUUCCAUGCCUGCCAUCUCUAAAAGAAUUGCAAUUGACGGAUGGUAAUGAGAUGUUGUUAGGUUCAGUGGCAAACCUUGCUGCUCUAGAGGAUCUGUUUAUUCGGGGCUGCAGUAUGUUGGUAUCUUUGCCAGAGGAGUUACAAAACCUCACCUCUCUCCGGAAGCUGUUGAUUGUUGAGUGCAAUGAUCUAACGUCCUUGAGACUACAAGGCUUGAGCUCUCUUCAAGAUCUAUCCAUCCAGGGGUGUCAAAGCUUAACGAGUUUGAUAGGGGGACUGCAACACCUCACUGCGUUACAAGACUUGAUCAUUAAUGAUUGUCCGGAGCUGGCAUAUUUACCAGAGGGUAUGCAACACCUUACUUCCCUUCGAAAACUCACCAUCACGACCUGUCAGAAGUUGACAUGUUUGCCGGAAGGGCUACGACAUGUCACAACACUGGAAGAUCUAUCAAUUUGUGACUGUCCAAGUCUAACGGCUCUGCCGGAGUGGAUAGGAAACCUGUCAUCGCUUCGAUCUUUGGGAAUUUACGGAUGUCCUCAAUUGGAGUGUUUGCCAGAGGAGUUACAAAACCUCACCUCUCUCCGUCACCUGCGGAUUAAUGGUUGCAAUGGUCUAACGUCCUUGAGACUACAGGGCUUGAGCUCUCUUAAUCGUCUAUACAUCGACAAGUGUCAAAGCUUAACGAGUUUGAUCGGGGGACUGCAACACCUUACUUCCCUUCGACAACUCACCAUCAUGAACUGUCAGAAGUUGACAUGUUUACCAGAGGUUACGCAACACCUUACUUCCCUUCAACACCUCACCAUCAAGAGCUGUCAGAAGUUGACAUGUUUUCCGGAAGGGCUACGACAUGUCACAACACUGAAAGAGCUACACAUCGAUGGAAUGACUCCGCCGGAGUGGAUAGGAAACCUGUCCUCGCUUCGAGAUUUGGCGAUUCAUGGUUGUGAUAAAUUGACGUGUUUGCCAUCCGGGUUACAACUCCUAACAAACCUCCAACACCUACGAAUCUGGGGUUGGUCAUGUCUAGCGGCUCUGCCAGAGUGA